CUUAGCAUAUAAAACACCGUACAGACGUUUAUGAUUUGUACAGUGGGUAGUGUGGGUAGCUAUUUGCUUUUAGUUCUCUAUCUACGAAAAUGGUCGUACCGGGGUAUUUAUUAAUUUUGCUACUGGCAGCCGGUGCCUGCUACGGAACUGUCAACGUGGAUACUCGCUUCUCACGAUGGAAUAAGAAUCGUAUCCCAUACUGCAUCGAUUCCAUACUCACAUCAGCGGAACGGACGGCUGUAAAUACCGCCGUAACGUCGUUAUUAAACUCGCUCCCUAACUGUAUAAACCUAGCGCUAGUGGACUGCUCCUCGACGGAGUACCAUCUCAAGUUCACCGUUACCACUGCGCAGUCGUAUUCCUCCAGUUUUCCUGGCCGAGUUCUGCAAACUAACCUACUGACCACCACCAAUCUCAACGAGCAGAUCAUCAGUGUAGCUCGCGAUGCCGCACAAUGCAGCAGUAAUCCAAUGUGCGUCCUGAAAUACUUGGUCAUCGCAAUGGGCAAGCGCAAUGAACAUCAACGUGGAGAUCGUGGAAAUUUUAUUACUGUUGCUGCUGAUAAUUUGCUUGCCGUUGCGGCUGCCUAUCGAUUGUACGGCGGAGCAGAAGCCUACUGGGAUAUGUUCCCUUAUGACUACUGCAGUAUUACGCACAAUCAACCAAGCGAAUUCCCAAGGACCAACGGACAACCAGCGUUUACCAUCAAAGCACCAUUUACCUGCAUUCCCAGACAGAGCACUAUCAGCCAAACCGACUGCAAACUGCUGAGCUUAAUGUAUCAGUGCUCCGCCACAUGUGCUAUCGUUCCCUGUACGUCAUCGCUGUGUACCGGAAGUGGAACAGGUACAGGAACUGGCACAGGCACCGGAACAGGGACUGGAACUGGGACUGGGACAGGGACGGGAACGGGAACGGGUACUGGAACAGGAACGGGAACAGGAACGGGAACGGGAACGGGAACGGGCACUGGAACGGGAACUGGAACCGGCACAAAAACCUGCGCUGCCGCUACCAGCCCCACCUACAACGGCCCCACGACCUGCACGGCCAGCCCAUCCGAUCUGGGCUAUCCCAUCACCGCGUCGCAAGUGUCGGCUGCCGACAUCACCAGCAUUGUGGACUGGCAUAACGGUUACCGUCGCGGUGUCGAUGCCAAGAAUAUGCGGAAGCUGACAUGGAAUCCCUGUCUGGCCAGUAGCGCCCAAGCAUGGGCCAAUCAGUGCACCAAUCCCAGCGUUACUCCUCAUGACGCCAAUACGGCCCGCAAAGCGCCAGGUUUUCCGAACGGAUGUGGUCAAAAUAGGUUCGAUGGCACCAGCGGUUUUUUCACAUGGAAAUCAGCGGUUGAUGCCUGGUAUAAUGAAGUGAAAGAUUUCACCUACUGUAGCACCGCCAAUGUGUUUUCCAAGGUUGGCCAUUAUACGCAGCUAAUGUGGGCAGAAACCUCCCUAAUUGGAUGCGGUAAAGCUACUUGCAGCGGAAGUGACGUCUACGUUUGCAAUUACUGCACACCGGGAAAUGUUUUGCCCAACCAGAACUGUCCGUACAGCCUAGGCGCAUCGGGAACCAAGUGCACAGAAUGUUCAACAGGAAACGGAUGUCUUGCCGGCGACUGUUUAUGUGCAUAAUGAUAUUAGUUGUAUGUGCUCGAUUUUCUACUCUUACUUAAAACUAAAAACAAGAAAGCGCCGCACCAAAGUUGCCCCAUAUAAAAACCAAAUAAGUCGCAGCGAUUCAGUCGAAGCUAUGUUAAUGUUCAUGUUAGCUGUUUCCACCCGUUAACGUUUAACGAACUUGGUCCAGCAAACCGCAAAAUCCCCAUCAAAAACGCUUUCGGCAUUGCGGAAUUUGCAAAGU